ACUUCUUUUAAAGAAACGAGAGAAUUAACACUGCUGUGUUAUGCUGAAAAUUUACUUUCCGAUGAUGAAUUUCUCGUUUUAUGGGAAAACAAUCAGUCAAGCAAACCAGAUUUUCCUUGGGACAGUUAUGGUCCGUUCGACCUCGAAAACAUAGAUGAAGCCGAAUGCAAAGCAGAAUUUCGCGUAGAGAAAAGAGAUCUUCCUACACUAAGAGAAGUACUCGGGAUUCCACCCGCUUUCAAAUGCCCACAGAGGACUAUAUGCGAUGGAAUGGAAGGACUGUGCAUGCUACUAAAACGGUUAGCUUAUCCUUGUCGUUACAGCGAUAUGAUCGCACGUUUUGGAAGACCUGUUCCUGAACUGUGCAUGAUCACGAACCGAGUCAUGGAUUUUAUCUAUAAUGCACAUGGCCACCAAAUCACUCAGUGGAAUGACACUAUACUGCAUCCCAGAUUGCUUGAACAAUAUGCCACUGUCAUCACAGAAAAAGGAGCAGCUCUAGAUAAUUGUUUUGGCUUUGUUGAUGGUACCGUACGACCGAUCUUCAAACCAGGAGAUAUGCAGAGAAUCGUUUACAAUGGGCACAAGAGAGUACAUGCUCUCAAGUUUCAGUCGGUUGCCAUACCUAAUGGCUCAUUG